UGCCUCAAAAUAAAUCAUCGAGAAAGAAAUUCGUGGAUUGAUGUCAUUCGUCAAGAGUCGUUCAGAAAAGGAAAAGGAGGCUUUGAUCGAGGAACACCUUACACAAUUAACAUGCCUCAAAAUAAAUCACGAGAAAGAAAUUCGGAUGAUGUGUGAGAAGCAUGAGAAAGAACAACUACAUGCCUCAAAGGAGGAAGCAAGCAAGUCUUUACUGAAAGGUCUCGAAGAAAUUUCAAAGGAAGAAGAAAUAUGUGCACAUAAUACAUUGUGGAAACUGGCGUCUUUUGAAAGAGGAAUUCGUAAUGUUUUAGACAUUUACUGCAGCCCCUUCAAGUCUAAGGAGGAUCGAAUGAAGCAUGAGAAGGAACUGCUAAGGAAUACAUUUUCUCAGAGAUUUGGAAAUAUCAAUAUGUACAAUGAUUUAGAACACAUUUUCAAAUAUGAUCAGAAACAUUGUGGGAAAACAAAAGAAGAGAAUGGGCAAUUAUAUCAAGUUUACAUGAAGUACUGGAGUUCACAAAUCGAGCUUUUUAAGUACAAAAAUAUCCUACACCGAUUUCAAACAUGGAGCAAUAUUCAAGGUGGACAGAAGUAAAUUGUUGACUUGACAUGUAGCAUAUUUGUUGAAUGAAAAUUUGUUGGUGCUUCACAGGAUUCCAUUUUAUUGUUAAGAUGGUGAUAUCAUGUCUGAUAAUACUGUAUGGUAAUAAUGAUACCAGUUUGACACCCAUCUUGUAGGCAUAGAGAUCAUGACAAGUCAAUUUGUUAUGUGUUGCUAUUUUAUUUUGGAACACAUAGAUUAAAGUGUUCAUCCAAAUGUAACAGUGUAAAAAAAGUCAACUACAUAAUAAAAAAUUGUUGUAGCAGUUUGUUACAGCAUGGUACAAUACAGUUAUUAUUACAGACAAACUCACAUAUAAAUACAAGAAAACAAUUAGGGCCACAUUUUAGCCAAUUUAAAUAACUGAUGUUAUUUAGUGUACGCAAGCAUAAGAAUUCGAUUAAAGUAACUAACGUUCUGCUGCACCCCCAAUAGCAACGUCAAAUGACACGUGUUUUUAACAUGUUAACAAGCCACAUCGUAUUUUUCCUAAUGUGCACACCUAUUGUGUCCAAAUUUAUGUGCAAUUCUCUAGACUGCUAUUGCAAGAUGUCUAUGGUUUGAAAUCAUAUAUACAUAAAGAAAUCACAUAACUUGUGUGCCGGGAUUGGAUGAUGGCUAAGAAAUUUCGUCAUUUCAAUAAUUCAAUUAUAAUUGGGGUUGUCCUCGUAGAUUUGUAGCCUGUGAAUACCAUAACUGUUGUAACCACGACUGUAAUAAUUAGGUUCAUUAAAAUCAAAUUUUAUUUGCAUA